AUGAUUUCAAAGCCUUUGCCAAAAUUAAGUAAUAAAGAUGGACCUUUACUAAAAUCAGUGAAGCCUUAUAUAAAUCCUCCUAUGUUAUUAAAAAAUAAAGGAAUAUUACCUCCUCUCCAAAAGAAUCCUAUUUCAAAAAACGUAGGUAAUGAUAUAAAUAGUAAAAACAGUAAAGUAAAACAAGAAAUGAAAUCUUAUGAAUCCAAAAAUAAAGUGCUAGAAUCAAAAACAAAAACAUUUGAACAAAAAAUUAAACCACCUGAACUAAAAAUAAAACCACAUGAACCAAAAAUAAAACCACCUGAACCAAAAAUAAAAUCAUCCGAACCUAAAAUAAAACCACCCGAGCUAAAAAUAAAACCACCCGAGCUAAAAAUAAAGCCACCCGAACAAAAAAUAAAAACACCAGAAUCAAAAAUUAAAUCAUUAGAACCAACAGUAAAAUCAUCUACAUCAAAAGAAACCAACUCAUUUGAUUCAGUCAAAAAAGAAUGUCCUAAGAAUACUUUAUCAAAAACUAAAUCUUUUGAAAAAAAAAAUAUUUUUGAUAAAGUAAAAAAUAUUGCACUAAUGCCAAAAAAUGUUGAAAAAACCAAUCCAUGUGAACUCAUAGAAAAAGAUAAGUUAUAUUCAGAUACAAAAGAAAAAAUAAAAGCUCCAACUUCUCCAGUUAUAGAAAAAAGUACAUUAAUUAAAAAAGAUAUAUCAUUACUAGAUAAUGAAAAGACACGAAAUAUAUUAAAUAACAACAAAGGAGUUCAACAAAAAUCGUUAGUUAAUAAAAACUCAAACAUUGUAGAUAUUUCAAUGCAGAGAAAAGGAAGUAACUUUAGGGCGUUAACAAAUUCACAUAAUAAAAUUGAACAAACGGAAGGAUAUAUUAAUAGUGUAACUAAAAAUAAUAUAAUGAUUGGAAUAGAGAAUGAAACAAACAAAAUUGGUCCUUUAUCAACCUUUAAAGAAAGUAAAUUGAUUCGAAAUACUCACUAUAUAAAUGCAUUUUCACGAUUUAAUGGAAAUUAUCUAGGUAAAGUUACAGGACCACCUACACCAAUUUCUAAUUUAGACAAAAUUCCUCAGAAUCAUAACGAAAAAAAAGAUGUUCAAAAUGAAUUUCAAAUAAAUAACUUUUCUAAUAAUUUUUCACCUUUUUCUGAUUAUUCUUGCAUGAUGAAUUUUCCUCUUUAUAAUAUUGAUAAUAACUUAAGAAAUAGUAACAUAGUAAAUCCACCCUUUUGCUUUUACCCUGGUGUGUGUGUCCCUUUAUACCCAUAUGAUCCUAUGUAUUAUCAAAAUUUUUAUAUGAAUAGUUUAAAUGAAGAAGAAAAGAAAAAGGAAAAAGAAGAAACUAAUAAUGACAAAAAAGAUACGAAAAAAAAAAAAAAAAAGAUUGAUGAUAAUACAAUGAUAGCUGCAGGGCACCUUAAACCACUGCAAUUUAAAAGUGGAGCAGAAUGGAGUAGCGAAGAUGAAAGAUAUUUAAAUGCUGAUAUAUAUUUUGAAGAUGAAAAAAAAAUUAAUAAAAGAAAUAAAAAUAAAACUAAGAGUAAAUAUAUUGGAAACUCUCAGUGGUAUGAAAUUGAACAUAAAUUAAACAAUUCAAGAGGGGUUAUUGAAGAUGAGGAUGAAGAUGAAGAUGAAGAUGAAGAUGAGGAUGAAGAUGAAGAUGAGGAUGAAGAUGAGGAUGAAGAUUAUAAUCAAGGUGAUAAUAAAAGACAUAAAGAAAAAUUGAAAAAAAAAAGUAUACCUCUUAAUAAAUUAAAAAGAAAAAAAAAAUAUAAAAACAUUAAAAAAGAUAUAGAGGAUACCAAUGAUCUUAACUUUGAUAUAUAUAAAAAUUAUAAAAUAGAAUAUUUAAAAGAAAAACUAAAAUGGGCAAACGAAUAUUUAAAAAAAAAGAAAAAAAAUGAAGAAUUAAAUAAUAGUAAUUCUGUAACAUAUAAUCCUCUAAGAAAAAAACAUAUUGAGCGUUUAGAUGAUGUUGCAAAUCUUUUUUUACCAAAAAACAAAAAAUACCAAAACUUAUUUGAUUUGGCAGUGAAUUUUUCUAAUAUAUCAAAUGAUGAUAAAAAUGACAUAAUUAAUAUACUUUUAUCAUGUAGAGAAUUAGAGAAAUUAAUAGAAGAACAACAUUGUAUUCUUGACAUGUUGGAAAAUGAUUUGGAAGAAGUAAAUGCAUCAUUAAAAUUGCCUUCUAAUUGGGACAAUUUUCAAAACUUUGAAUUAUUACAAGAAAAUAUUUUAAAUUCAGAAAAAACGGGUUUGCCUUUAAAUAAUACUCCUUUAUUUAUAAAAGGAAAAGUAGCUCUGAUACCAAAAAAUUUAGACACUUUCUUUGAUGAAACAGAAUCAACAGACAAAAAAGAAUCAACCAAUACAAUAACUAACAUAAAUACAGAAAAAAAUACACCAACAAAUACUAAAUUUACUCCCAAGUUAAUGAAAUCUAAAAUGAAAACAAAAAUGCCCUUACUGUUAAAAAAUACUCCUAAAUUAUAA